AUGGUAGUGGAAUCUCUGAUAGGCAGUGUCUGCUGCAGUUUCACCGUGCUUAUAGCCACUACCCAAAUUCUCAUGCAUCUUUGAAACUAUAACGAGCCACGGCUCCAGCUUUAUAUCUCGAGAAUAGUUUUAAUGGUUCCUGUAGGAGUUAUUUAGGCAUACUCAAUCCAAAGCUUCCUCUCCAUCAUAUAUCCUGACCGUUCUUUAUUUUUUAACACUAUUAGAGACUGUUACGAAGCUUAUGUUCUCUAUUUAUUUACCAAACUUAUCAUCGAGUAUAUUGGCGGAGAAGAGCGAGUGGUCACUCAUUUCUUACACAAAAAGCAAAUCCCUCACUUAUGGCCUUUCCAAAACAAGAUCCUUAUAUUGAAUGAAAAAAGCUAUCACAGGAUUAAACAAGGCGUUUUCCAAUUCAUCGUGAUCAAGCCUCUUACAUCUUGUCUUGCUUUACUAUUAGCUGGCUGGAAUGUAUAUAAAGAAGCUGAUUUUUCGUUUGAUAAUGGGUAUCUUUAUUGCUCAAUUGUCAACAAUAUUUCAGUGACAGUAUCGCUAUACAGCUUAAUGCUGCUUUAUUUGGCUUGUUUUGAACAAUUGGAGCCUUUUGGGUGUGUAGGGAAAUUUUUGUGCAUUAAAGCUGUCAUCUUUUUCUCAUUCUGGCAAUCUUGUGCGUUUGCAAUUAUUGUUAGACUGGGAUGGUUCGGGGAAUUUGAAGAGGCCACUCUAUUUGUGUCUUCGCUGCAGGAUUUAAUUUUGUGCAUUGAAAUGGCGCUUGCGUCUGUAGCUUAUUGGAAAUGCUUCAGCUGAAGAGAUUUUGUUAUGAAAAACAAGAGAGAGUAUAGCUUUUUGAAAAGCGUCCGAGAUGUACUGAAUGUAAAAGACGUCAUUUAUGAUGCUAAAAAGACUUUUACACAUACUGGUGUGCAGUUGGGUUAUAAAGAAAAUUCUUGGGAAAACAUCUAA